GUUCGCUAAUAUUCGUUGACUUUUCCCAUCUUCUAGACUGUUCUAUCCCGUCUUGUGAAGCGAACGAACAAGGAGACGGAAAUUUAGUUGUUUCUGUAACAAACGACCGCUGGAGCGCCGUAAGUUGUGGUGAAACCUAACCAGGAUUACUCAGAUCCCCUCCUGCUUGUUCUACAACAUUCUACAAGGACAAAUUCGUAGGUUUUGAAAACCUACCGUCUCCAAUAUGUCACUGUUUGGCUCGCUUGUUGGCGAUUUUGAGGAUGACCCUAUAUUCGGGUCCCACAUGCGAUCCAUGAGACAUAUGAACACCAUGAUGAAUUCACUCUUCAGUGACCCCUUCGGCAUGAUGGGCCCACCCGCUAUCACUGAUUACUGUCAACAAAAUGGUACUUCUCAGGGUGACCUCCAAAUGAUGCCAUUUAGAUUCCCACCUGUUCCCUCAUUUAAUAUGAGCCGCAUUUUUACUGAUCUUAAUAAUAUGGCCCCAAACGAUGGAAACUGUCAUUCUUUCAUGACUAGCUCGAUGAUGACUAUGACCAGUGGACCAGACGGACGUCCUCAGGUGUACCAGGUAUCGAAAUCCACCAGAACUGCACCUGGUGGUGUUAAGGAGACAAAGAAAACCGUUUGCGAUUCUCGCACUGGCACGAAGAAGAUGGCUAUUGGCCAUCACAUUGGUGAUAGAGGUCAUAUUCUUGAGAGAGAACAGAAUUAUCACAAUGGGGAUGAAGAGGAACGUCAGGAAUUUAUUAAUCUUGAUGAAGAGGAAGCUGAUUCUUUCAACAAGGAAUGGCAGACGAAGACUCGACGGCAGAUAGGCUCCCUUGGAGUAACCAAUUAUAGCAGCCAAAAUUUGUCAAACAAUAGAGGUACUCAAGACCACGGCAGACUGGCAUUGCCAGCACCGGUGACAACAACAAGUCGGCAAUCUAGUCACCCAAGGUGGGCCCCUUCUCCAAGGCGAAGCAUAAAAUCCUCCGUUCCUUCCAAAACCUGCAACUCCAGCUCAGUUUCUCGCUCCUCUUCUUCGAAGCCUCGAGCGAGCCCCACGGCGAAGGCGGAAGUCACGGCGACGGCCACUUCCGGGAGCAGAAAGCGCGAACACACACCGGAACCGGAAGCGAGCACCAAACGGCACGUGGCGCCCCGCAGUGACGAUUGAGAGGAUCGCUAAAGAACCGCGCAAUGUAGUCUGCUUCGUCUUAUAACCGUAUAAAACUAACAGACUGCGUUGUUAACCUCUCUCGAGGUAACCUCAAACCUCGAGAAUUAUGUGUCAACAUAAAUCAACUAUGUGGAAUUAUUGAGACCGCCACAGUUUACUUCAUGGUGAGUCUCCUUCGAGCUCUUGAAUAGGUCUCGGAAAUACUUUUAGUUCGAUUGAUUACUAACAAACGGCGAGUUCCAGAAUGUGGUAUGCAAAUUUCUUAACCUUUCACAUUUCACUCGGAUCUCGCCGUUUAUAACCAUUUCACGACUACGACACGGAGGUCUGUCGUUACGUAUUUAUCUCGAAUUAUCUCGAUGUAAAAUAUUCAUGGUAUUUAAGCGUAGAUAUAGCGACAAGUCGUUUAGCGUACAAUGUAACUUGGAAUACCUGGAACCUUCUUUUGUCCUUUU